AUAAUCGCAGUCCUGCUGCCUCUCCAGCAGCUCACGACAACACACAUUGUUUCCUCCUAAAACACCUUCUUGACACUUCACUCGGAGUGUAUUAUUAUUUAUUUAUGUGUGCGACAUGCAGAAGAGAAGGAAGCCGGAGCCGAUCCAACUCAACCCCAUCCCAGAUGGGAACACCAUCAGCGGCACUGAAGCCACAGAAACAAAUUUGGAGGCCCUGCAGAAGAAGCUGGAGGAGCUGGAGUUGGAUGAGCAGCAACGCAAGCGCCUUGAAGCUUUUCUGACGCAGAAGCAGAAAGUGGGAGAGUUAAAGGAUGACGACUUUGAGAAAAUAUGCGAACUUGGCGCAGGCAAUGGAGGAGUGGUCUUCAAGGUGUCUCACAGACCUUCUGGUCUGAUCAUGGCCAGGAAGCUCAUCCACUUGGAGAUCAAACCUGCCAUCAGGAACCAGAUAAUUAGGGAGCUUCAGGUGCUGCAUGAAUGCAACUCUCCAUACAUUGUGGGCUUCUAUGGAGCUUUCUACAGCGAUGGAGAAAUUAGCAUCUGCAUGGAGCACAUGGAUGGUGGCUCUUUAGAUCAAUCACUUAAAAAGGCUGGAAAGAUCCCAGAGCAGAUCCUGUGCAAAAUCAGUAUUGCGGUCAUUAAGGGUCUUUCCUACCUGAGGGAGAAACACAAGAUCAUGCACAGAGAUGUCAAGCCUUCCAACGUCCUAGUGAAUUCCCGUGGUGAGAUCAAGCUGUGUGACUUUGGAGUUAGUGGACAGCUCAUUGACUCCAUGGCCAACUCCUUUGUGGGCACACGCUCAUACAUGUCUCCAGAGCGUUUGCAGGGCACCCAUUACUCGGUUCAGUCAGACAUUUGGAGCAUGGGUCUGUCCCUGGUUGAAAUGGCCAUUGGACGUUUCCCUAUCCCUCCACCUGACACUAAGGAGUUAGAACAGAUUUUUGGGACUGCAGUGGAAGGAGGAAACUCUGAAGUGUCCUCACCCAAGGCUCACCUGCCCGGACGGCCAAGCAGCUGUCAUGGAGCAGACAACAGGCCUCCAAUGGCCAUCUUUGAAUUGCUCGACUACAUAGUCAACGAAUCUCCACCUCAGCUGCCUGGGCUAUUUAGUUCUGAAUUCCAGGACUUUGUCAAUAAAUGCUUGAUAAAGAACCCAGCUGAGAGGGCAGACCUUAAACAGUUAAUGGCUCAUCCUUUUAUUAGACAGUCUGAGGCACAGCAGGUAGAUUUUGCCGGCUGGUUGUGCAGCACCAUUGGACUCAAAAAUCCCGGGACACCCACUCACGGCUCAGCAAUGUGAAUGUCGCAUCACAGUACAUCCGGACAGUAUUCGAGAUCGCUUCACUUUUUCCACAUUUUGUUAUGUUACAGCCUUUUAUUUUAUUUUUAAUUUGCAAAUGUUUUACAACUAAAUAGAACUACAGCCUCAAGUCUUUACUGGAUGAAAACUAACGAUUCCCACCCAAUCUGACGGAGCUUGUGAGGUGCUGCAAAGAGGAAUGGGCGAAAAUGCCCAAUGAAAAGGAUUUGCAAAUCAUUGUAUUCCAUUUAUAUUUACAUCUAACACGAUUUCCCAACUCAUAUGGAAACGGGGUUUGUAAAUAUAAACGGAAUACAAUGAUUUGCAAAUCCUUUUCAACCCAUAUUCGAUUGAAUGCACUACAAAGACAAGAUAUUUGAUGUUCAAACUCAUAAACUUUUUUUUUUUUUUGCAAAUAAUAAUUAACUUAGAAUUUCAUGGCUGCAACACGUGCCAAAGUAGUUGGGAAAGGGCAUGUUCACCACUGUGUUACAUGGCCUUUCCUUUUAACAACACUCAGUAAACGUUUGGGAACUGAGGAGACACAUUUUUGAAGCUUCUCAGGUGGAAUUCUUUCCCAUUCUUGCUUGAUGUACAGCUUAAGUUGUUCAACAGUCCGGGGGUCUCCGUUGUGGUAUUUAGGCUUCAUAAUGUGCCACACAUUUUCAAUGGGAGACAGGUCUGGACUACAGGCAGGCCAGUCUAGUACCCGCACUCUUUUACUAUGAAGCCACGUUGAUGUAACACGUGGCUUGGCAUUGUCUUGCUGAAAUAAGCAGGGGCGUCCAUGGUAACGUUGCUUGGAUGGCAAUAUAUGUUGCUCCAAAACCUGUAUGUACUUUUCAGCAUUAAUGGUGCCUUCACAGAUGUGUAAGUUACCCACCUGCUUGGCACUCAGCAACAAAGGGUUGGAGUUGGGGGUUAAAUCACCAAAAUGAUUCCCGGGCGCGUCGCCGCUGCUGCCCACUGCUCCCCAAGGGGAUGGGACAAAUGCAGAGGACAAAUUUCGCCACAUCUAGUGUGUGUGUGACAAUCAUUGGUACUUUAAUCUUUAAUCUUAAUCUUUAAUGUCUUGGGCACUAAUACACCCCCAUACCAUCACACAUGCUGGCUUUUCAACUUUGCGCCUAUAACAAUCCGGAUGGUUCUUUUCCUCUUUGGUCCGGAGGACACGACGUCCACAGUUUCCAAAAACAAUUUGAAAUGUGGACUCGUCAGACCACAGAACACUUUUCCACUCUGUAUCAGUCCAUCUUAGAUGAGCUCAGGCCCAGCGAAGCCGACGGCGUUUCUGGGUGUUGUUGAUAAACGGUUUUCGCCUUGCAUAGGAGAGUUUUAACUUGCACUUACAGAUGUAGCGACCAACUGUAGUUACUGAAAGUGGGUUUCUGAAGUGUUCCUGAUCCCAUGUGGUGAUAUCCUUUACACACUGAUGUCGCUUGUUGAUGCAGUACAGCCUGAGGGAUCGAAGGUCACGGGCUUAGCUGCUUACGUGCAGUGAUUUCUCCAGAUUCUCUGAACCCUUUCAUGAUAUUACGGAGCGUAGAUGGUGAAAUCCCUAAAUUACUUGCAAUAGCUGGUUGAGAAAGGUUUUUCUUAAACUGUUCAACAAUUUGCUCACGCAUUUGUUGACAAAGUGGUGACCCUCGCCCCAUCCUUGUUUGUGAAUGACUGAGCAUUUCAUGGAAUCUACUUUUAUACCCAAUCAUGGCACCCACCUGUUCCCAAUUUGCGUGUUCACCUGUGGGAUGUUCCAAAUAAGUGUUCGAUGAGCAUUCCUCAACUUUAUCAGUAUUUAUUGCCACCUUUCCCAACUUCUUUGUCAUGUGUUGCUGGCAUCAAAUUCUAAAGUUAAUGAUUAUUUGCAAAAAAAAAAAUGUUUAUGAGUUUGAACAUCAAAUAUGUUGUCUUUGUAGCAUAUUCAAUUGAAUAUGGGUUGAAAAUGAUUUGCAAAACAUUGUUUUCCGUUUAUAUUUACAUCUAACACAAUUUCCCAACUCAUAUGGAAAUGGGGUUUGUAUAAAGUAGUGUAAAGUUAUACCUUAUAUCUCGCUAUGGAAGCGCUAAAAACUACCAGUAUAGUAAGUUUACAUUAUUUACCCAAGGAACUUUAGUUAUUAGAGAGUUCCGAAUGGACAGUUUUUCACGGGACCAAUUUCCGGCGUUGUUGCACUAGUGAGCCACGGAUGAGGAGAUGCUGCUCCGUUAUUGAUUGAAGUAAAGUGUUAAUGUCAUUAAAACAGUUAGCGCCAUCUUUUGACACUUCUUCCACUCCCGUCCUUGCACGUGAAGCAUUGUGAAUACUUUCCAGAUGCACUGUUUGUCCGCAUAUUUGCAAUGUACAAUUUUGAUCAAGUGUUGGGGCAUAAAAGAGCCAUCAAUGGUUAAAAUAUGUUUGUUGGUACAAAACUACAAGGCAAGUUAAUGUUUAGGCUGAAUUGCAAAGUUCCAUGUGCUUUGAGCCCAGAAUAAAAAUGUGUGAAAGUAGAAAAAUAAGGAGUGGUUUUUAAUGCUGUCUUCGACUAAGGAUUUUCAUGGUCAAAUCUGAUUAGAUUGAGAUUUUACACAUAGUCUACUGUAUGUCAAAUCUAUGACAUUGUUUGUAAAAGAGACGGAAAUAA